AUGGAGCAGCAGCAGAUGUACGAGAUGUUUGAGGAGGUUCUCGAGAGGCAGCACCAGCAGCUCAUGGACCGCCUGGAGCGGUGGCUGCAGGGGGUCUCCGAGCAGAUGGCCCCCACGUCGCCAAGCUCCAAGGCGCGGCUCUCCCCGAACCUCACCAUGAAGAGUACCCUGUCGGACGUCACAGCCACAGGUUCCAGCGGGCUCCCGGUGGAGAUCAACGUCAACCAGCUGCAGCGGAGCCUCACGAGGAGGACCAGCCGCAUGAUGGACGGCGAGGAGGGGCUGAAUAGCUACGAUUUGGCCAAGCGUCAGGGCUCCAAAGUGGACAUGUGGCUGGCGCUAGGCUGGCGCAAGUACUUCUUCAGCCCUGGCUGGGCCUGGAACUGGCUGGACGUCUUCGUGGUCACCUCCACCUGGGUAGAGCUGGCCGUGGGCUUCUUCGAGCUCGAGGACAAUGGCGCGGGCCUCUCCAAUAGCAACUUGCGGCUCCUGCGGAUUGUCAAGGUGAGCCGAUUGGCCAGAGUGCUGCGGAUCCUGCGGGUGGUGCAGUUCGUGCGGCCGCUCCGCACCCUCAUGCACUGUUUGGUGGACUCGACCAAGAGCUUCAUUUGGGCCCUCAUCUUGCUGAUCCUCAUGAUGUACGUCUUCGGGUUGCUGUUCACCGACGCGGUGCUGGACCACCUGAGGGACAACGACGACCUGCCGGAUGAGCUCGACGUGAACCUGAGGCGCUUCUUCGGCACGGUGUACGCGUCCAUGACCACGCUCUUCCGCUCCGUGUCCAACGGCUUGGACUGGUACGAGGCGGUGAACAGCCUGGCGCGGGUGGGGGAGGUGUGGGUCCAGCUGUACCACCUCUACAUCAGCUUCAUCAGCUUUGCCGUGCUCAACGUCAUGACGGGGGUGUUUUGCCACUCGGCGAUCAAAGCCGCGGAGCGGGACCACGAGAUGGUGAUCCAGUCGCUGCUGCAGAACAAGAAGGACUUUAGGGAGCUUGUGUCCAACCUCUUCAUGAAGAUUGACGACCUGGGCCUAGGCAUGAUCACCAUCUCGGAGUUCGAGAAGCACUUCAACGACGACGCGGUGCGCGCCUUCUUCGAGUCCCUGGAGAUGGGGGCGGCGGACGCCUGGACCCUCUUCGUGGCCCUGGACGCCGACGGCGACAACGUGAUCUCCCUGAAAGACUUCACGGAGCGUUGCAUGCAGCUGCACGGCCCGGCGCGGUCAGUGGACCUCUAUGCCCUCACGCAGCAGAAUGCGAAGCUGCGGCAGCAGCUGCAGAACAUCGAGGACAUGCAGAUCCUUUUGCACCGGAAGGGUGCAGCGAGCCCUUGCGCGACCGACUCCGAUAGCGCGAAGGUUGAAGCGGAGACUUGCGAAGUCGGUACGCAUUGCCUAGUUUGA